CCCUCUUGUUAGAACUUAGUGCAACGGUAGGUCCCCGUGGUCCGCACUUUUUUGCCCACUUGUAUUCCGUCACAAAGACACUUUGCCUGUGCCUGUGCCUGAGAUGGUCGGCGGUGGUCCCAGGAAGGAGUGGCCGCCCCGCGGCUAAGGAGCGUAGUAUCCGUAUCUCAAAUACAAAUCAUCACGAGCUCCACUUCCCUGGAAGCUCGCAGAAUUGCGCCUGGGACCCUGACUCGGCGAUCCCUCGAUAUCCCGCCCACCUACUAAUUCGCCCUACCUUCCUUUCCUUUAUCUGAUCUUGUUUUCCCUUUCCUUCCAUUCUUCAACAAAACACUCUACUACCAAUCCACUCUCACAUCUCCAACGCACUUCUUCACCAAUUUCCUCAACCAACCCACACCAAAACAUCAAAAUGUCUGGUCUCAAGGUCGGCGAGCAGUUCCCCGAGGGCGUUGCCUUCCAGUACAUCCCCCACCAGGAGGAGACUGCCGACUUCAAGGUCUGCGGUAUCCCCAUCAAGUACGACACCGCAAAGGAGUUCAAGGACAAGAAGGUCGUCAUCGUCUCCAUCCCCGGUGCCUUCACUCCCACCUGCUCCGCCUCCCACCUGCCCGGCUACAUUGAGCACAAGGACGAGCUCAAGGCCAAGGGCGUCGACCAGGUCAUCUUCCUCGCCUACAACGACCCCUUUGUCAUGUCCGGCUGGGGCAAGGCCAACAACAUCAAGGACGACUUCAUUGUCUUCGCCUCCGACGCCAACGCCGCCUUCUCCACCUCCAUCGGCUGGAACCACGGCGAGCGCACCGCCCGCUACGCCAUCGUCAUCGACCACGGCAAGGUCGUCUACGCCGAGAAGGAGACUGAGCUCCAGGGUCUCGAGGUCUCUGGCGCUGAGCCCGUUCUCAAGGCUCUGUAAAGAGUUGGUAACUUGUGCCACUUGAAAGAUUUAAUGAAUUUUGCGUUGGGCGGGUUCCUUUUUUUACAUGAUGAGAAAUGCCUUUUGAGAAAACCAAGAUCAUUGGUCUCUCUUUUAUAGACGAAAGAUGGGGGAAAGAAAAGAUAAACUUUUCCGACGACGCGUUUAGAACAAAAGCUCAUUUAGAAUUUUGAACUUUCGUUAGACGGAGGCUUCCGCUUAUAGAAAUAGAGACACACUGAAUGGUUCAUGAGACUUGCUCACAGUCAUGUCGACAUGCGUAUCCGUUUCCUUGGCAACUUGCUAAGUAGCAUUCAUCUGAUGGCUAUGAUGUGAGCUACGCGCUAUGAACUACGUGUCACUGUCAGAUGCCUUUGGGGAGCUUUGCAGAGCAGACGGACUUCGCCUCGGUAGCGGGGCUCGGAGAUGCGAUAUUGCCGCGAAGAGAGACCGGCGGGGAGAAGGGACCGAAGGAGGAGGG